GGGCACCAAAUCAGUGGAAGUUGAGCCUCUCGUUUCAAUGCUCUUAGUUGUUACGGAAAUAUACUUUACUGUUUACUUUCUCCAUCUACGUCAGGGAUACGCCUCGCGAGAUUGGAAAGAGCAAAAUCGAAAGUUAAGAGUGUUAGAACGUUUGAGAUCCGUUGUGUUGUAUUUUUCAACAUCAACAGAUCUUUCAAAAAUCGACAGAGAGGAAGAAGCAAGUCGUCUGAAAUCAUAUUGCUGGGUUUGUGUGUUUGACUGAGGAUCCUCCAGUUUCAAGAACUUCAAAGCGACAACAUCAACAUGGCCUCUCGCUAUGGAAACAUUAUGGAUGUAGAAACAAGUGGUGCUGACUUGAGGACAGCAAAAGCUGAUGGGAAAAAUGAUGAAGGGGUGCCUGCAUCUCACAGAAUGGCAGAGCAUGACCUUGCUGCCAUGAACAAGUACAAGGGUCUCAUAAUGAAGGUGGCAGAGAGGAACGCAGUGGACCCAGCUGUCAUCUGUGGCAUCAUCUCAAGAGAGUCCCGGGCUGGGACAGGACUGGACAAGCACGGCAGGGGUGACAAUGGCAAGGCCUUCGGACUUAUGCAGAUGCGAUGGGGCAGUGUGCAGUACGAUGGCGAUUGCAUCGUCUGGAUCUAUUGGGGCGGUAAGACGAACAAGAUUGACACUACCCCAGCCCCGAGCGGUGGCGGGCACACUCCAAAGGGGGAAUGGAACAGUGAGGAGCAUCUAAAACAAUGCACUGAAAUUCUGAUUGGCUUCAUCAAAAUAAUCCAGAAGAAAUUUCAUUUAUGGACCAAGGAGCAGCAGCUGAAAGGGGGAAUAGCAGCCUACAAUAAGGGACAAGACUGUGUAGAGUCAUAUGAGAAAGUGGAUGCUCAUACCACUGGAAUGGACUACUCCAAUGAUGUUGUUGCCAGAGCUCAGUGGUUCUACCGCCAUGGUUAUGCUGAAACAAGAAACUAUGGCAUUAUAGUAGCAGCUGCUGCAACAGCUAUAGUGGGAGGAGUUUCUGCUGUUGUCCUGGCACCAAUAGCCCUCGUAGGGAUCGGGUUUGGUGCUGGCGGGAUUGCAGCUGGAUCAACAGCAGCAAGCAUGAUGUCUGCUGCGGCCAUAGCCAAUGGAGGUGGGGUAGCAGCAGGGAGUCUUGUUGCUGUUCUUCAGUCAGCAGGUGCCGUAGGGCUCUCGGGAAUGGCCACUGCAGUUGUUGGAAGUGCUGGAGCAGCCAUCGGAGGAGCAUUAGGAGGAUCUGUGGGAUGGCUGAAAAAAAAGUUUUCUUAAAUGUUCCAUAGAGGCUUUGAAGAACACCUGUCAGUACUGCAAUACACCCUCACACUGUUGAUACUGCGUGCUUAAAGUAUUCUACUUGUCAACUGAAUUAAAAAAAUUCCGUUGUAACUGCCGUUAAGAAAAACAGGUUUUCUGUAGGAAAGUCUAAAGUUCUCUGUGAGGAUUGUAAUCCUAAUUUUGCAGUUGAAAUGAGCUCAGUAGUUCUACAGCCAUGGUUAUGGUAAAAAAAAAUUGACUGUUAUUAACCUUUAUAGACAUGUUGAAAAUUAUGAAUACACCCUAUAAUAAUUACACAACUUCAAACAGUCUCAUCCAAGUUUCUUCUGUAGUUGAAUCUUUCAGCAACUUGUCAUUGCGCAAUGUAAUUAAACAUUUCUUAUUUUCGGA